GGCAUAAACACAAAAACGGAUAAAUUAAAAUAAUUUAUAACACGAACAAAUGGCCAAAUUGGCAUUCUCGGGUUUGAAAGAUUUUCUUCUGUUUGCUAUCGUAUGUGUUCUGGCAUUGUCGUCUUCUGUCAGUGCACGACCGGCCACGUUUUUACAGGAUUUUCAAGUUACCUGGUCGGACUCUCAUAUCAGACAACUUGAUGGAGGAAGAGCCAUUCAACUUGUUCUAGAUCAAACUUCAGGAUGCGGAUUUGCUUCCAAGUACAAGUAUUUGUUCGGACGUGUUAGCAUUAAAAUCAAGCUCGUUCCUGGUGAUUCUGCAGGAACAGUCACGGCCUUUUACAUGAACUCAGACACAGAAUCGAUACGAGAUGAGCUAGAUUUCGAAUUCUUGGGUAACCGGACUGGACAGCCCUACACAGUACAAACUAAUGUCUAUGCUCAUGGGAAAGGAGACAGGGAACAAAGGAUCAACCUUUGGUUUGAUCCUUCUGCAGAAUUCCAUACUUACACAAUAAUGUGGAAUCAUCGUCAUGUUGUCUUCUCUGUCGAUGAAGUACCGAUUAGGGUUUACAAGAACAACGAAGCUAAAGGCAUUCCAUACCCAAAGUUCCAGCCCAUGGGAGUGUUUUCCACCUUAUGGGAAGCUGAUGAUUGGGCAACAAGGGGUGGCCUUGAGAAAAUAGAUUGGAGCAAGGCACCUUUCUAUGCAUACUACAAGGAUUUUGACAUCGAAGGUUGCCCUGUGCCAGGCCCACAAAAUUGUGCCUCAAAUGUUAAUAAUUGGUGGGAAAGAGCUGCAUAUCAAGUACUUAGUCCAGUCGAGGCAAGGAGAUACCGUUGGGUUCGUAUGAACCACAUGAUCUACGAUUACUGCACCGACAAGUCUCGGUACCCCGUUACCCCGCCUGAGUGUGUUGCAGGAAUCUAAAAACUUCGUUCUUAUUUAAUCCCAUAUAUACAACCUUUAUUUAUAUACACACAGGUGUGGUGUAAAAGAAAAUGAGCCAUGCCAAUUGCCGUGCAUAUAAAGGGACAUGAAAGGAAUUGUUUAAAUGUAGUUUGGUUCAUAUCCACAUCCUAUAUUGAAUUUGUGAGUCUAAAGGAGUGUCAAAAGUCAAUGUCAUUUUCUUGCUUUGUUGUUCUGUCUGUAUUUGUUUAAUCCAAUAAUGUUAUAUAUGGCAUGAUUGUGAAAAGGAUCUAA